CAAUGAAUACUCCGCCACCCUUCCAUGUUGCGGCAGUUAUCACAUGAUGGAAGUGGAGGUGAAGCUCCGCCUCCCAACCUCCGCCGCGCACGAGCGCCUCUGCGGUAUCCUCGCCGCCUACCACCGCCGCACUCAUCUCCAAGAAAAUUUAUUCUUUGACAGUCCCGACGCCAAGCUCGCCUCCAACCUUGCCGCUCUCCGUCUCCGCUUUUACGACCUCGAUUCCCGCUGCAUUCUCGGUCUGAAAUCCAAGCCUCGAAUCUCCGCCGGUAUUAGCCGCAUCGAAGAGCAGGAAGAGCCUAUCGACCCAGUCGUUGGCCGCCAAUGCGCGGCGGAGCCAUGGCGCCUUCUCGAAAUCGAAUCCUCCAAUAUAAUUAAGAGAGUGAAGGAUGAAUUCCGGGUGGAUGCUGAAGGUUUAGUGUGUCUUGGGGGUUUCAGAAACGUGAGGGGUGUUUACGAGUGGAAUGGAUUGACAUUGGAGAUUGACGAAACGCUUUAUAGUUUUGGAACGAGUUACGAGAUUGAAUGCGAGAGCUCGGAGCCGGACAGAGCUAAGAAAUUGCUCGAGGAGUUGUUGACUAGCCGUGGGAUUGAAUUUAGGCAUUCAGAGGCCUCCAAAUUCGCCAUAUUUCGUACUGGAAAGCUGCCUGAUUGAGGUAUUUGGGGAACUAUUUGGUGGCUGGAGCCUUCUUGUUACACUAUAUCUCCUGGUUAAGUCCCUAAUUUCGUGCUUCAUCGACAAAUAUUCUAGGUCUUGCUGGAGUUUAGCAAUGCUAAUGAAUGGGUACGAAUUCCCUGUCUAUUUAUCAAAUUGAUUGUGUUAUUCUUGUAAAAAUUUUGAGUUAACUCAUGUUGAUGUGUAGUUACUAGUUACUGUGCCAUUAAAGUCCACAUUACUGAGGUUAUUGAUCAAUAGUUUCAUACUAAAUCGUGGCAGAAUAAUAUACAUAAAGUUGCUGUUA